AUGACUAGCGACAGCUUACACGUCCUCAUUGUCGGCGCCGGCUUUGGCGGCUUGACGGCAGCCAUCGAGUGCCGCCGGCGGGGCAUGCAAGUCACCGUCAUCGAGACGUACCCGACGAGCCUCGCCUACGGGGACAUUAUCGACUUCUUCCCCAACGGCGGCCGCAUCAUUGAGGCGUGGGAGGGCGGGCGCGUCGGGCGCGACCUGAUGAAGGUGUGCAUCAACCAGGGCGACCGGCUGCAGUACUGCCGGGCCGACGGCACCGUCAUCUGGAAGGAGGACUGGAUCCUCGAGCCGCACCACUUUUGGCGGCAGUACGGCGGCCACCGCGGCCAGAUGCACAAGGUGAUUCUAGACUAUGCGGUGGAGCUCGGCGUGGUGAUGGAGUUUGGCGACCGCGUGGUGCGCUAUGUCGACGAGGGCGAGGGCGAGGACGAGAAGCCGGGCGUGGUGACGGCGGCUGGGAGAGAGUUUUAUGCGGAUGUGGUGGUGGCGGCGGAUGGACCGCGGUCGAUUGCGCGGCAGCAGGUUCUGGGACUCCCGGAUACAAAAGUAAACAGCGGCUACGCUAUUUUUCGCGCGCACUUUACCCUGACCGAGGAACACCGCAAGAACCCGGACCUGGAGGUGUUUUGCGACUCCACGACGGACAUGACGAAGCUGUGGGUGACCAAGGACCUGCACAUGAUUGUAUAUACCUGGAACAAGGGGAGAGAUAUCGGAUGGGUACUGACACACAAGGACACGGAAGACAUUGGCGAGUCCUGGUCGUUUCCCGGCAAAAAAGCCGACGUGCUCGCCUGCCUCGCCCAGGGCGGCUUCGAGCAGCGCCUCUCCUCCGUCGUCGAGGCCACACCCCCCGCCAACCUCGUCGACUACAAGCUCGUCUGGCGCGACCCCCUCUCGACCUGGCUGUCCCCCUCUGCGCGCACCGUCGUCAUCGGCGACGCCGCGCACUGCCACCUGCCCACGUCGGCGCAAGGCGGCUCCCAGGCCAUGGAGGACGGCGUCGCGCUGGCCGUCUGCCUGCAACGCGCGAGGAUGCGUGACAGCAACAAGAACAACAACAAGAACAACAGCAACAACAAUAAUGUGCCGCUUGCGCUGCGCGUCAUGGAGCGUAUCCGCUUUAACCGCUCGCACGUCACGCACAUGGCCUCGAUUACGGUGCGCGACGGCUAUCAUAGCGUCGACUUUGACGGUGACGAGAUUUUAAAGAACCCGCAGGUGCUGAACUUGCCGCGGCCAGAGUGGGUGGUGGAGUAUAAUGUCGAGGACGAGGCGGAGAGACACUUUGAUGCCCUGGCGGCCGAUGUCGAGGCGGGAAGGCAGGGAAGCAUCCAGGAGCUGGCGCUUCCUGCGGGAGGUGACUACAAUGUGGAGAGCAGAAAGGUUGGAUCUACCAAGAUAUAG